UAUUGUUCUAAUAAUGUAGAAGUUUUAUAUCUCGUUAUUACAGAUACGGACAACAACGGAUAUUUGGAUGUGUGUGACUUUGAGUGUCUUGCACUGAAAUACACCAUUCAAGAGGGGAAGGGAGCGUAUGAUACUGAAAUCCACGAGAAAAAAAAACAAGUUAUGAUAAGCUUAUGGAACGAGAUAGCAGAGUUGGCUGAUUUUAAUAAGGAUGGACAAGUGACAGUUGAGGAGUUUAAACAGGCUGUUCAGAAUGUCUGUGUAGGGAAAAACUUUGACAGUUUUCCUGAUUCUCUGAAGUACGCCAUCACUUCCAAGUUCAACACUACUGAUAUUAACAAUGAUGGGCUGAUUACUGUGGAAGAAUACCGCUUAGAAUACGUCUCGCGAUCAGCUAUUUCUAAUAUUACAGAGAUAGAUGAGUGUUUUGAAAAACUUCUUAAUGUCGAUGAUCGACGAAAAGGAGGAAUCAAUCUGUGCCGUUACCAAGAGCUUUUCGCCGAGUUUAUUGGAAGUCCAGAAUCUAAAGUAUCUGGAGUAUAUCUGUUCGGUCCUUUGCCUGUGUUUGGCUGAGUUACGCGGUCCUGUUAGCGAGCAUGCUGACAAGGCCAAUUUCUCCCACAAGAUAAUAUACGCACUGCAUGCUUAAUCUCCCUCCAAUUAUGUUGUUCAGAAAGAAAAGGAGCUUCAACCACAGAGAUUACAGUCUUAAUGCUCCACGUACUGCUGGUUUCAUGAAUUUCUAUAUUCCUAAAUGUUUAUUGGCAUUUAUCUCAUUACCAUCUUUUUAUCCUGCAUUAUAUUUACAUGAGUAUAAUAUUUAGGAAAUUUCCAUUGGUUCUGUACGUGUUUGUUCGUUAAUAUUUAUGUAAGUUUCCAUAGCAUAGAAUAAUUUUGUGUAAUGCUAUAUUUCAAUGUAUUCAUUUAUAUUUAAAAGAUAUAUAACAAUUUAAUAAACUUUCUUGGUAGUUCUUAACACAUGUUGUAAACCAAGGCUACAUUGAUAAUAUAUUAGGCACAACAUAAUUUUUCUAAAUAUCCCCCUAACGGCAAAAAUUAAUACUAAUAUGAUUGUACAAAAAUCUGACAAUAAUAUAAUUUGGCUCCUGUAGUAACAACAUAAUGACGUGACAAAAACUUUCGAAAAUGCGUUUUCGCCGAGUAUAUACAAGAAACUGUAGUAUAACAUUUCUAAAUUCAACCAUCACCCUCCCCCUUUAAUACGAUCAUACAAAAAUCGGAAUAUAAUCUAAUUUGGGUUCUUCUAGUAACAACAUAAUGGCAUGACAAUAGUUUUAGGAAAUUUCUUCUUUCGCUGACUAAUUCUUUGUACAACUUUUCUACAAAAGUUUUCAUACUUACUAACAAAAUAUCCUUUAUGUGAAUUGUUGUUUUGCUGUAUCUCGUCUUCUACUGGUGAGAUACAACUCCACAAUAUAAUGAGAUAUUGGUUUACUUCUGUGUAUGCAUGUAUGGUUGUGUCAGUUUGCAAGUUGUUGGUUGAUGCUCUGGUGAAUAAAGUCGUUAAAGUUUGA